AUGGUACCCCUCCCCUCCUCCUGUAGGAGUCUAUACAGUACAUUUUCAUCACCUUUUGCUGACUCUCCUAGUCGCCCACAGGACAUAGAUUAUCCUGUACCCCAAGAAUACCUAAUACACUCUUAUAUAAGGGACAAGUUGGCUCCAAUCCGUUUAUUAAAGUACAAUGAGGACCUGUUGUUUUAUCUUUACUAUACCAGUGGUGGGGACCUCCUUCAAUUACUAGCAGCUCAUGAACUGUACACUAGGGACUGGCGCUAUCAUAAAGAAGAGAAGAUAUGGAUCACGAGAGCUCCCAACAUGAGACCAACUAAAGUUGAGACGACAUAUGAAGAGGGUACCUAUUGUUACUUUGAUCUUGGCACCUGGAGGAAGGCUCACAGAGAUAUGAAGGUGGAAUAUGACAGACUAGCUGAGAGGCCUCCAUACCUCCAGCCAUAACUUCACAACAAAUUGUAUCUUCUGUGUCUAUGAGUGCAUGAUACAAUAUUAAUAAUGUCAUGUAUAAAAGAGAGA